AUGUACGAACUAAUCUGUCUGGGUGUUGGCAAAGGAGCUACAGCUGUGUAUAAUAAUAAGACGAGCAGUUCAUUUGCAAUUCGAAAUAAAACUAAUGGUGAAUGUGUUCUCAUUAUAGACAUGGGCCUCGGUUCACUAUAUUCAUUUCAACAAUAUUUUCCUCCAAAUACAAGAAUAAAGAAUGUUUAUAUUUCUCAUAAUCAUACGGAUCAUUCCGGUGAAUUACCCGUUUAUAUCGCGAAUGAAGCUCCAAAAGUGACUGACAGUUCAUCAAAACUUAAAAUAUUUAGUCAUAAAGAUGUUCUUCAACGUUUGCAACAACAUCGAUGUCAUGAAUUGUAUUCAGCAACAAUCGACUAUUUUAAAAAUGUUUGUUGGAUGCCAUGUGAAGAGAAUCAAAUGAUUUCAUUAGAUGAAAAUGGUAGUUUGUGUUUAAAAGUAGCUCGAAGUCAACACAAUGAAUUAUGUUAUGGUUUUGUUUUAUAUUGUCAAAAUAAACCAAUAUUAAGUUUUUCAGGUGAUAGCGGUUUUAAUCAGAAUUUUUUUCAUUUUUUAUACACAGCGCCGGUUAUACUCGUUGAUGGAAGAGACAAAGGCACGUAUGAGCAUGCUGGUUUCGAUGAAAUAUUUAAUUUUCAUCAAUCAUCACCAGUUAAAGACAGUCAAACAGUUUAUGUGUAUCAUUACGGUCUUGAAAACGAAGCACCGUCAUUUCAAAUAUCAGCCAUAAAAGCUAUUCGACCAGGCGAUAUAGUAUCCUUGAGCACACUACAAGAUGGACAAGAUUAG